CAAGGUGGUGUGUUACGUCUUUCCAUAUCGUAAGGUAACCCGCAUAUCACCAGUGACGUGCGCGUUCUUUGACAAAAGGUAAUCGUAUGUAUGUGACACCUGCGAGUGAAAUCGAAUAAAUUUUGUGAUUCACGUCCUCUAUCCUACCCUCACUCAUCGUGCUCAACAUCGUGAAAACAAAAAAAAAGUAGGAUUAUGAGAGUUGGAUUGAUGUGGAACGUCGAUUAUUGAAAGCAGCUUUGCGGGUGAAUUUUUAUACUUCUUCUUCCGACUAAUCAAUUUAUUUGCCUUUUCCCUGUUAUUGUCGACGAUAGUGAUCAUCAAGCUGUUACAGAAAAAGUAAUCCACAAUGUUAGUACGACGUCGAACAGAUUCGUCAAUGACGCAGAGAAUAUGGGAUGCAAUAAAAAUAACAAUAAACCAAAGGAGUUUACCCAGCAAUGAUCGCAUUGUCAGACACUUUGCAAGAGUUUACGGUAUGACAGAGCACGCUGCUCAGGAAGAAUUGAAUAAAGCAGUAGCAGAUGGAUUAGUAUUUUUGAAAAAAGUGCAAUCAAAAGGGGGCAUCGAGCAGGAGAGCUACCGACUCCCUUUGGAGCCAUCUGAGGAUGAUGGACACGACUGGUACUGUUAUGACUGCCAUAAGGCAGGUCUAGUCGAAACUUGUAAACAAUGUUUUCGAGUUUAUCAUGCCAAUUGUCACGUAUCCAGUGAUUCUGAAACUAAAAUUUGUGCUUUCUGUGAAAAAAUUAAUAACGAUUCAUACCCAGAUAUUGUUGCGCUUAAUCAUAUUCUUGGUUUUACUUGUGGACAUCUAAAGGCCAAAUUGCCACAAGAAAUCACAAAUAGAAAAAUUGUGGGAGACAAUUCGACUGAGGAGGUACCUCCAGGGGGACUUCGUGGACCCACGUGGGUGAGCGAGGGAGAGGAUGCUUGGAGACCUGCUAUUCUCAUUAAAAAUCAUAUGGAUUUGACUAUUAUGGAAGGGAAAACCAAACAGAAUGAGUAUAAGAGUCUUGCUGAAUUCCAAGCUGAUGCACACAACAUUCUACACAACAUCAUCAUUUAUCAUGGAAAAAGUAGUACCGUCGGUGAAAUGGGUGUAACAAUGUAUCAAGAUUGUUGUUACGACUUGAAAGAAAUUCGUCGAUGUGCCGACUGCUACAGAAUAUCGAAUGAGAAGUCAGAAAAAAUGUGGUUCUGUAUUCCAUGUGAUCCGCCACACCAACUAGUGUAUGCAAAACAGAAGGGUUACCCCUAUUGGCCUGCUAAAGUAAUGGAGAUAAAACACGACUUGUACGAUGUUAGAUUCUUUGGCGGGCACCACAUGCGGGCGAACAUUGAGAAAAUCUUCAUAAAACCAAUCACUGCGAGUAUACACAGCCUCCAGAUAAAACGUUCAGGUGCCUGGAAUAAGGCAUUUGAGGAACUGAAGCAUCACCAAACACUUCUCCAGAAACUGGGAAAAAAUCGUUACAUUACCUGUGAACUCGAGGAUAACGAGGAUGGUCCGAAGCCACCAAAGAUCAGGAACACCGGAACAAAGGUAGCAUCGAAUGGCGCUUCAUUAAAACAGAUUAUGAAAGACUUGAGAGUGAAAGUUGAAAGGUUGAAUUCCGAUGGAAAUUUCGACUCACAGACGAGUCAAGAGACGAAGAAAACGCUGAAGAAGGGCAGCAGUAGAUCAACCAGUGAGGACAGACAAGUGCCACUUCUACCAGUAGCUGAGGAUGAACCACCAAGGGAGAUAUCCAGUAUGUGUCCACUUGGAUUGAAGAAGGAAGGAUCCCAGGAGGACAUGGUUACCUCCAGUUCCCAGGAACCAAGAACAAAAUGCGUUCUUGUACAGACAGAUUCAAACCAGACUGAUGUUGUUCCUGCCAAGUAUGUUCUAUGCUUCCAGGUGAAGAGAGAACGGAGAACAUCUGAACAGCCUACGACAACUGGACUAGAUAAAUUGCGCAGGGAAAUGGAGUUGGAUAAAUGUCGAGAGCUUGAGAGACUGCAGGCUGAGCAUGCUAAAGAAUUGAGACAGAUGACUGAAAAACAUCAGCAAGUUAUCUCCGAAAUUAAAAAAAAGCAAUGGUGUUACAACUGCGAAACUGAAGCAAUUUACCACUGCUGCUGGAACACAGCGUACUGCAGUACUGACUGUCAACAACUUCAUUGGCAAAGGGAACACAAGAGGGUAUGCAGACGUAAACGCUAGUUAAAUGUUUACUCUGCUACCACAGAUACCACAAUCCAAGGACCAGCAUCAAAACCACGCUGUUGGUGACAUUUUCAAGUUGUUUGAAAGAGACUUUUAAUAUUAAAGAAUGACGAAACAAGUGAAGACAAUUAUUAAGGGAAUCUAAUAUAUUAUUAUGAAGAUAUUAAUGAGUGAAAGAAAGCCACGUAUCAAUUGCGGCAACUAUUAACAUUCACAUGGAAAUCUUCGACGAUUCUGUGGGAGUGAACGAAAUAGCUUUAGCAUCUCUUCAUUGUCACCCUUGGCUAUCUUAAUGAAAAAAAAAAACCAUAUCGAUACCUUAAUAACAGACAAGAAUAAGGUGUAGGCAUUUCCCAUGUAGAUACGUUUCUUUUUGUUGUGAGGGUAUCUAUAUGUAUAAAUAGUAAGGUUUCCAUCUUGGUUAACAAAGAAUUCAUGGAUGGAAAGAAUAAAAACAAAUUCAUAUUUCCGAGAAUUUUUAAAACCUGUUGAGGAACUAUUGCCGAUAUUUUGUCUUUUGUGAUUUUCUGAGAACCAAUCAAUCAGAUUGACGUAAAAAAAUCCAUAAUUUUUAGGUUUUACCGUCUUUUACUGACUCACAAAGUUUCACAGCUGUGCAAUUAUUUUUGUACAUUUUUACUGAAGUUUUACAGAUUUUAGAAAAAAUUUGGUGAGCACGUAGAAACAAUUCUUUCCCGGCGAUGAAACCUUAUGAUUCAUUAAAUAAUGAUAUGACUCAAAGGUGAAAUGUUUGUUCCUGUCAAUCGUACAAACUGUUUUGCAGAAAAUCUAAAAAAACAUGAACGGUGGGGGGAUUUCGGCAAUAAAUGAUUAAAUGUCGAAUGGAAGAAUUUUGCAGUGAUCGGCCCAUCAUACUUGAUGACCGCUAUGACCAGAACCAGACAUAGACAGACAAGCAUGAACAUUAUUGCUGUUAUGAAAAAUUGGUUCAAACAAUAUUUGCUUGUGAUUGGAUGCAUGUUAAUUAUUGUGGCGCCAUUGAAUAGCGAUCUUUUUAAUUUUCCCCCAACGAAUUCCUUAAUCAAGGUGGACACGUUAUGUUGUACACACCAGGUGUCUCGAAACCCAACGUCCAAACCGAAGCUGUAAGUUGGGAGGUAAUUCUGAAUGGAAAAGUCCUGUGACACUCGUCGAUUCUUAACACCUUCUUCAUGUUGUUCGCCCUUAAAGUCGCGUCAGUCAAGCGCGUGAAUCUCAAUAUCUUAAAAGUAAAGGGAAUUUCAACGUUUUUAUUUUUGCUUAAAUCAACCGGUUGAUGUUUUUCAAUGAACAUCAAAGACAGGGUACAACUAGUGUCAUUCAAUGCACAGAAAAAAAAUGAAGUUGAAGUGAAAAAUACUAUCGUAAGGAGCUUGAAGUUGGCUGCAGCCAAAAGCAUUGACCAUAAUUCAGCAAAAGAUACUGAGAAAUAAGUGGAUUUAUUUCUCUCUCAAGGAAUUUUUUGACCAGUAUCUCCAAAUUUAAGGGAGACACAGGAUUUUUUUGUAAUCGCAUUUUGUAAUCGCUUCACAACUUUGAUUAACUUGUAAAAGGUGCUUCCAAUCGUAAGUUUCACACGAUUUUCCGUUUGGACUUAUCUCCCUGACUACUGUAUAUAUAUACACACAUAUAUAUGUAUAUAUAUACCGAGGAUUUUAUGUCAUUACGUUCGUUCAGGUCUGCCGAUUACUGAAAGUAGAAAUAAUGAUUCUUUGUGGAGAUUGAGAUGACCAUUUGCGAAAUAAUUAAAUGAAAAUUUAUCGAAACGUCUGACAUAUCUUUUCUGGAGGCAAUCAAUUUAUGUUUGUUAAUAUUUUUUUUCUGCAUUAUAACUUCUUGUCUAUUUUGUUAAUUGAUAUCGACAGAAAUAUUGAAACAAUUACUAUAAGAAUUUACACCCAUCUUGCAAUCAUCAAAAAAUCUAAUGAGUUGUUAUAAAAAAUUCUGAUUAGAUGUGCACUCUAAAGCAUUUAACUAUUCUUAAAAUGACGAAUAUAUCUGUUAUUUCAUUCUGAAAAAUGGGAAUGAGGGAUUUUUAAUAUUGAUGAUAGGUAUCCCAACUUAAUGUAGAAAUUGCAAUACAUCAAACCAAACUAUUAGCUGUGUAAUUUGUGAAAAAUGGAGUCUACAUUGAAGUGGGGAAAAUAGGGCACGAUCUGACAUAAUGCUCUUGUUGUCUAGAGCCAUUGAAAUUUUUGAAAAACGCAUUUCUCUAAUGCAAAAGUUCCUGAACUAUGGAGGGACAAUUUUGACGAUUAUCGUUGAAGGGAAUACAUACAGGAUAAACGAUGAAUGUAAGUUUUUAGGUAACAGUAAGUUGAAGUCAGCCUUCGUAAUACUAAGUAUUCUCUCUUUUUGUUUAUAAAUCUAGAUAAUAAAUAUCGUUGAGUGUAUAUCUGUUUUCGUUACAAAUUAAUAAAAGAAAUCCUGGGCAAUAAAUUAUACUGAUAUUUUAUUCGA